CCCACAACGACAAUAGGAUUGUCAGCAUUGAGCGCAAAUCCAUUCUUUUGUCCCAGAGGCAAUUAUAAUAGUGACUGCAUUCCUCUGUCGUCACCACUCCGUCGCACUCGCACACGCAUCGCGCGCAACAACCGACUCACUCUCCCUUCACCUUGCAAAAGAGCCCCAACUCGCACCACCCAAACUAAACUCUCCCACUCAUCCUCAUGGCUUUCAAAUUCCUAUCACGCGGCUCGAUGAAGGGUGAAAAGGUCGGCAUGGCGAACAACCUGAGGGCCAGCAUGACGCCUGGCUCCAUUCUCCGCAUCCUCAUGCGCUUCUUCCAGUUGAUCAUGGGCAUCGUUGUUAUCGGGCUCUACGCGCAGGACCUCAACCGCGCCCAUAAGGCGGGCGUCAAGUACGACUCCAAGUGGAUGUACGCCACCAUCACCGGAACUCUUGCAGCGUUCUGGGCCAUCGUCUGCAUGCUCCCACUCGUCAAGGCUUGGUUUCUUUUCGGCAUCGACUUUAUCGUUUUUAUCCUGUACAUCGCGGCCUUUGGCAUCUUCGGCAAGAUGUACAUCAAGGAGGAUCCCGAGGGCAAUGGCGGCAUUAAGCGCAUGAAGAACGCCGUGUGGAUCUUGCUUACGAACAUGAUCCUUUGGUUCAUCACUUUCGUCUACGGAGCCGUCGUCUUCUGGAAGUACUGGAAGGGACGUACGACCUUCACUAGCCGCGCCCCUAACCAUCCCUCGAUGUCCCACGCUUAGUCGCGAACCCCAUGAAGAUGAUGAUGAGUUGGCAGACCCGUGCUAAUUUGCGAUGCUAGAGGACUACGAUCAACA